AUGCAACUGGACCAACCACCCGUUAGCGGACUCUCUGAAGAGCCAACCUCUUCGCUUGCGUUGUCGCCUGUAAUGGAGACUCAGGAGGAGGAGGAUAGUACAUUUGAAGAGGAGCGCUUUGCUGACGCUCUCGAAGAACAUGUCAUCGUGGAAGAGAAAGAAGAGAAAACAGACGAAGCCAAGAGAGAUUCAAAGUUUGAGGAUGAUUUUGAAGAGGUUCCACAGAUCAUUGAAAUCAAGGAAGCGCCAGUGAUGCAAGACGUCAUCGUGAACCCGGAGAGUUCACAAAGUACAAAGCAAGAGACGGCUGAAAAUGAGAAAAACAACGAAACAACACAGACACAGACACUGCAGGAAGAUGAUAAUACUAGCGGUGACAAGCCUGUAUAUCCAAGUCAACCUGUUCUAAUCUUGUUGAUUAUUGGUCUGUGUCUGUCAGUCUUGCUGGUCUCGCUCGAUCGAACCAUCAUCACAACGGCGAUUCCGGCUAUCACCAACGAGUUUGGCUCAACGUCAUCGGUAGGUUGGUACGGCUCGGCUUAUCUCGUCACGGCCUGUGCCUUGCAGCCGACCUAUGGCCGGAUCUAUACACUCUUCGAUGUGAAAUGGACGUUCCUUCAUUCCGUCGCUAUCUUUGAGAUUGGCAGUUUAAUCUGCGCUGUCGCUCCAAACUCGACAGCCUUGAUUGUUGGUCGUGCGAUUGCGGGCUGGGGGAGUGCAGGGAUUCUUACGGGAGCGUUCGUGGUGAUUGCUUUCACUGUACCAUUACAAAAGCGUCCUAUAUACACUGCGGCUAUUGGGGUGAUGUACGGAGCCGGAGCCGCUGCUGGCCCAGUCCUCGGAGGUGUGUUUACUGGUAAGGUUACUUGGCGGUGGUGUUUCUAUUUCAAUAUUCCAGUGGCCAGCGUGACAUUGAUUGUGGUGAUCUUCUUCUUCAAAAGUGUCACCGGCGUUCCUUCUCAUCUGGGCUAUCUACAACGAUUGACCCAGAUUGAUCUCCCCGGCAGUGCACUCAUUCUAAUCUCAUUUACUAUGCUUUUUCUCGCGCUCGAAUACAACACAGUUGGCUACGCAUGGUCAAGUUCAUUAAUCAUUGGGCUCUUGUGUGGUUUCGGCGUCACACUCAUUAUCUUUCUUGCUUGGCAAUGGUACCGUCAAGACAAAGCCCUAAUCGUACCGAAUAUCAUCCUCAGACAAACGGUUGGAGCAGCUUGUUUGCUUGCCUUUUUCAUCUAUGCCGUUUUAAUCCUCCACGGUUAUUUCCUUCCCAUAUGGUUCCAGGCUAUUCGGGGAACGUCCACUGAAAGCUCCGGAGUCGAUAUGUUGACUUAUGUUCUUCCAAAUUCCAUCUUCAGUUUGUUGACUGGUAUCUUCAUCACUCGAGUUGGCUACUUCACCCCACCAGCUAUAAUCGGUUGUGCCAUUACCACGGCCGGCUCUGGAUUAAUAAGCACCCUCCAACCCACGACCAACACAGCAACAUGGGCUGGUUUCAUUUGUCUUGUUGCUGCUGGAGUCGGAAUGGCAAUUCAACAAAGUUUCACUGCAGUGCAGACUGUGCUUCAGUUUGAACAUAUUCCAAUCGCCACCGCAGCUGUGACAUGCUUCCAAAGUUUGGGUGGAGCUGUCUUCGUCUCAAUUGGCAAUAGCAUUCUGGCCAACGAGCUUCGUCAAGCUAGUCAAGCCAACAAAUUGCCCGGUAUUGAUAUCGCGGCCAUUCUAUCAUCUGGUGCCACGCAAUUUCGAUCCACCGUUCCAGCGGACCAACUACCGGCUCUACUUAGCGUGUACAACGACGCUCUGCAAAAGGUCUUCAUCGCAGCUAUCCCAAUGGCCGGCAUCGCUUUUGUCUCAACCUUGCUCAUGGAAUGGAGUAGCGUCAAGGUACCGAAAGCCGAGACUCCGAUGGUUGAAGCAAGUAAUCUGGAUGAGCCUCCUGUCUUGCCAGAUGUAGAGAUCCAGACAAGAAUAUCGCCUGUUACUACAAGAGUAGGCUUUUCGUCUCGGUCGAACAGCAGUCGGGGCAGCGAUAAAUGA